AAAUUCCCGAAUUUAUUAGCGUAUCAACUGAUAAUUUUGUAAUCAAAAAAAUAUACACAAUCAUAAAUGGUAAAGCGGCAUACAUUGACGCUCACGCGAGUGAAGUAAAGGAAAUUAGCAUGUCAAAGGGUCUAAUCCCUAGGUUUGAGGAAAAUCCGACUUGGCGAAAUUUUAUUCCACUUCCAAGCACAUGUUCAUUAGAAUUCCUAGUUCAAAAUCCUACAGAAUUUGAAUUGCCACUUUCCGUUAUCCCUUUAUCACCGACCAAUCAAGUUCCUCCAAAGCCACCAACUCCACCCACAAUUUCACCACCUUCGCAAUUCAUAAAAUUCAAUGACAAUUCAAAGAAUAAUCCAUUAAGGAGAUCAACGUAUAGAAAUCGUAGAAGUGUUGACUUACAAUCAGAUGGUAUUAUAUCCAACAAAAAAUCUCGUAGAAAAUCGGGCAAUAUUAUGAAUCAUGAGACUUUAAAUUUAGAGACUUCACCAUUAGGUGCCGUAGCUUCCAUGUUCCAACAAAAUGAACAAGGACAAUCACGACUUCUCGGUGAUCUAAUUUCUCCUCCAAUUUCACCUAAAUUUGCUAAUUUAUCUGACAUCCCAUCACAACGAGGAGCCAUGUCAAUUAUCCAAGUUCAAGCCGCUACAUAUGAUUAUGCUCCAUUUCCGGCUCAUCCUCAGACGCGACCAACCAAGAAAGAUUCAAGUACAUCAUUACCUUUUGAUCAAUCAUCAUAUACAUCUCAUUCAGAAUCUCAAAGUAGGACCAAACCAGAAGUACCUAUAGAAGCACCAUUACCAUCGCACCUAUUCCUUGCGACCGUGCAUAAUGUUUCUUACUUAGUUAAUGGUAAUGGCGAACCAUACAAAUAUCACCAUCCAAUACGAUGGUCUUCACCACCAAACGACAUUUCAUUAUUACCUAGUUUUAAUGACGUCUUUGUGCUAGGAUUUCAAAAUACUACUAUUGAAUUGGCUUCGAUGAAAUCUGGUGAAAUUAUAAGAAAGGUUGUACAUGGAUGUUCCGUAAAUUUUUUAGGCAGUACUUGGAGAAAGAAUGAUAUCGUUAAUCAAAGGAGAAAAAUGAAACCUAAUAAAAUACAUGAAUUUGAUAGCGGAAUGAGAAGGAAUGUUUUCUGGACUUGUAAUUUGGGAGAAACGUAUUAUUUUUAUCGUGGUAGAGUUAUUGACAAAGAAAAUUAA